UAGAGUAGGAAGACAGACGAUUGUAGAUUUCAGUGAAGUUUCGUUUCACUACCUAUUAAUUCACUGAUUUGUCUUUUUGUUGAAUGUUAUCUCGAUAAUAACAAAAACUAACGAUAAUGGCUGGAAUUAAGGGUUUGGUGUCUCUGGCCUUUGCUGGUUCCAUUGGUAUGACAUUUGUUAUUCUUGCCUGUGCCUUACCACAAUAUAAACUAUGGUGGCCAUUCUUCGUGGUACUAUUCUACGUGCUGUGUCCCAUCCCAACAAUGAUUGCACGCCGCCACACAGACAGCGCUGGAGGCAACUCUCCCUGCAUGGAGACCGCAGUUUUCAUCACUAUGGGUUUCCUCGUCAGCUCGUUUGCGCUUCCAAUAGUACUGGCUCGUGCUGGAGUGAUUGCACUGGGAGCCUGCUACUUAACACUGGCAGGAAAUGUCAUAGUAUACCUCACUAUUCUCGGUUUCUUCACCAUCUUUGACAUGGACGACUCUGACUACACGAUGUGGUGAGAAAUCUAAAUGUUGUUGCAACUUCAAUGGACGAUCUUAGGCAAAUAAUAUAUUGUAUCGUAAGAUAAAAGUUGUGGUUUUGUUUAUGAUUAAGUCUGAUAAUGAUACUGAUAGUGUAACACUGAAGGUGGUCUACGAAAAUGAUGUUAACAAUUCAUUUUUUUAAAUUUAUGAAUUUCGAACUUAAGUAACAUCUGUUAAUGCUGUCCAGUAUUUGGAGUAGUUUAUGUACUCAUAGAAAUAUAUUUAAAUUAUCUUUUGAAUGGUUAUGGUGACAGCUCAUAGCUGCAAUUAUUAAUUUUAGGUUUAGAAAUUCCACAUUAUUGCGGUUUAACACUUUGUGAUGUAGAUAUUUUGUUAUGAUUAACAGCUUUACUUUAAAAUGUUUGUUUACUUAGUUGUAACAAUUAACUACUUAAAAUUAUUUUGUUCAUUAAAAUUACCAUUUGCAGUUAAGAACUAUCACCUCUUUGAUUCGAGUACUGAUAUUUAAAAUAAUUAUACAUACAUACUUGUAUCCGUUAAAACAAUCAACAUAUUUUAUUUGAUUUUUAUAUUAAUAUAACUCGUUACUCACGUAUUUAACAAAUAAUAUUCUAUUUGUUACUAUUUAAACUUGGAUUAAGAGAAAUUAUAGAGUAAGAAAUAAUUGGAGAUAUUUUUUUAUUACCAAAUGGAAAUUCAGAACAACAAAUAAACAAUAUUGUAUACUUUUGAAAUGAGCUUUUAUCUUGAAUAUUAAAAAAGAAUAUUGCUUCCUAGUGUUGUUUAGGUGCAAUGAAAUAUCAUUAAUAUUUUAUUUAACAGCUGAAUGUACUUUGGUUGCACUACAUGUCUCCUUUUUUUAAAUGAAUGAAACAGUGGAGUGAAAAAUUAUUAACAUUUGUUAUAUGUAAUUUAAAUGAAGAUAACAUUUUAAAAGGAUUGUAUAAAUUAUAUUCUAUCUACAGAAUUACGCAACUUUCAACGCACUCCAAAAGACUAGCUGUUUAUUUUCAUGAAAAACUAUAAUUUGGUUCAAUGCUUAGGCAUCAUCUAAUUGCAUUUAAGCCAUCUCCUUCUAGUCUUAUUUUAAAACAAUAUUCUACUGUGUCUUAACUUUCGAAAAAAGGUUGCGUACUUCUGGAUUGGGGUAGUAAACAUUUUAUUGUUUGCUGGCAACAUUUGAUAUAACUAUGUUGCUAUUUAUAAUUAUUUGUAAUUUAUUCGAGACAAAAUGUGUAUUUUGUUGCAAUGCUUCACUCCAAGGCUGAAUAAAAAAGUGUAACGCAAUGCGUUGUGUAUUUCGCUAACUUUUAGUAUAUUUAUUGUAAUGACGCGAGAUGAAAGUGCAACAACAUACGAAAAUCAUUCCACUGUGACUCCAUUAAAAAUAUACAAGAAAAAGGCAACUAAAUGCUUGAAUGAUACCUUUAUAUGGUUGAAGCUAUCAUUACAGAAAAUAUGUGAAAAAAUUCGAUUCUAAAUUAAAAUCAACAUUGAAAUCUUCAAAAUUGUAACUUGUAACGAUUACAUUCCUGUAAUGUAAAUUGUGUAAAUAUAGCAUUAGAAUCAGGUCACAAUAAAAAUAUCGGCUGCUUUUUUUA